AUGCAAGCUGCACCACGCGUUGUCGGGCCACCCGCCCCCGUCAAAAUAUACAAUGCCGUCUAUUCGUCUGUGUACGAGUGUAUGGUUCGAGGUAUUGCUGUUAUGAGGAGACGAGCCGACUCCUACGUCAAUGCAACACAAAUUCUUAAGGUCGCUGGCGUUGAUAAGGGCCGCCGCACCAAGAUCUUAGAGAAGGAGAUUCUACCUGGGAAACAUGAGAUCGUGCAGGGCGGCUAUGGAAAAUAUCAAGGAACAUGGAUCCCCCUCGAUAGAGGCCGCGACAUUGCCGUCCAGUAUGGCGUCGCGCAUCUCCUCGCGCCUUUGUUUGAUUUCAUGCCUAGUUCAGCCGCCAUGGGCUCUCUCCCUGGGACUUUACCGCAUCCCGGUGGUACAGGAUCUCCUGCACCCCUCUCCGCUUCGUCGUCUUUUUCGAGUCUUGGGAAUGCUGGGGGCUUCUUACCAACAUCCCUUCCGUCAGCUCCUAUCAUGCCUGGUUCGGCUCUCCGCCUCUUAAACCAAGGUCGUGCUCAAGGCCUUUUCACGCCUUCUUCCUCCUCCUUACACCAAUCUCACCUUGCUACGUAUCCUUCACCGGGAGGAAUGCACCCUCAAUCACCCGCGCUACGACCAGGUCUUAAUGGCGAAGACGGCCCUUCCCCCGCUAAACGCGCUCGCACAGAGCCUCCCCAUCUUGAACAGAUACAAACUAUUCAACGGACAGGUACUCAGCCACAAAUACCUGUCUCAGUUCAGUCGCAAUCUCAACGCGCUUCCAUUUUGACGGCCAUCUGUCAGCAAGACGAUCCUAACACUGUCCUGGACUUGCUACGAGAGAUUCCUCUGGACAACCAUGUUGGUGUUGAUGUCGUGUUAGAUGACCUCGGUCACACCGCUCUUCAUGUCGCAGCUAGCUUGGGGCGACUGAGGACGGUCGCUGCUCUGAUUGACAGCGGAGCUGAUAUCCAUAGAGGGAACUAUAACGGGGAGACACCGCUGAUCAGGGCCUGCCUUGCUUUAGAGAAUUUCAACCAGCAGUCCUUCGCUUCUUUGGUCGAGACACUGCAAUCGUCCAUCCAUACACUGGAUACCUCACGCAAGUCCGUCCUCCAUCAUGUCAUGGCGCUCGCUGGCGUCAAAAACAGAGCCGUCGUCGCGCGUUACUAUCUGGACCAGAUCUUCGUGUGUAUUGUGAAUAAGCUUGAUGGUGACUUCAGAUCUAUCGUCGAUCUGCAGGAUGAGCACGGAGAUACGGCAUUGAAUAUUGCCGCCCGAGUUGGGAACCGCAGUCUGGUACGAACGCUCCUAGACGUCGGUGCUAACAGGAUUCUUCCAAAUAAGCUCGGCUUGCGGCCAGGCGAUUUUGGGGUCGAGAAUGAGGAAUUGGGGGGGCCGCGCGUGGAAGAUCUCAUAUCGUCUUUACGAUCUGGGCCGUCUGUGCCUGUGCAAAAGAGCCAGGAUGUAAUUGCUGACAUGACGGCAAUGAUUCAAACCCUAAGUACCGAAUUCUCUGCCGAGGUGAAGAGCAAGCAGGAUGCUCUAGACGUUACACAAGCACACUUGCGGGCGGCGACCCGCCAGCUUUCUGAGCAACGCAAGCUGAUCCAGGUUUGGCAAGUCCGCUGCGGCGAACUUGACCAGAUCAACCAGCGUAUUCGCAAUGUUCAACAAGCACUUGCAGACGAAGACCGAUUCGACUGGACGGGACGCACAGAUCUCAACGGCAACGAUGCGAAGCAGUCCGCGGGUCCCGCGUUCCAAUGGCGUGGACAGAACUCGACCAUGGCUGGACUUGGCGGCUUGGUCGACGUAUCGUUCAAUCUGGACGUAGAGCCAACAAUACCGUUGUCUGAUAGCAUGGCGAGUCUGAUCAGGCUGAGGCGACUGAAGAUGUGGCACGUACGGAUGGAGAAGUUGAUGGAGGAACGACUGAAAAGUCUACACGGUGCGAGUGCGGAGAGAGAAUUCCAGUGUAAGAAGAUCGUCGCUUUGUGCACGAACGUACCCGUCGACAAGGUUGAAGAGAUGCUUGACGACCUUGUCAUUGCUGUAGAGAGUGAGACCCAAUUUGUGGACAUCGGUCGUGUAUCCGGGUUUAUGCAGAAAGUUCGGGAUGGUGUAAUCUAGCUUUCGUUCUUCGCAUCCUCGCAUUUGCUCCAAGCUCAGACUUUCGCUGUUCGCUUGUAUUAUUAACGCUGGACUGAGGAACGCCAUGGUUUCUUUGAAUUCCAUGAUAUCAUCAUAUAUACUGGUGCACACAACGAUGCUGAUGUUUGGGGCAUUCUAGAGUUAGCUCGAGAGCAGCUACUUACUACAACGCGCUCUCUGGCGAAAACAAUUGAAAGUUCCGAUUAUACGUUCCUG